GCGAUCCGCCGCAGCUCCCGGCCGCAACUCCUCAACUAGGCGGCUGGCUGCCUGGACAUGUCCUGACAAACUUGGCUUCUCUCCUGCCCUCUCCAGCGCUCGCGCAUUCUCUUUUCGUCUCCUUUCGGUGCUCAAGUUUCCCCCUGGUCGGAAGCCUCUGGAGAUGCGGCCACCUGGGUCCCAGCAGCGCGGGCGGAUCGCACUCUGGUUGGGGAUAUGCUGAAGAUCCAAGAGAGGCAAAGUUGGUACUUCAAACAGGGCUCUUAACAAUAUCCAAACCGCGUGCGAAUUACCCAACUGCCUGGGAGCGCAAAGCCGAGGACUGGACUAGAGUGGUUCCUGAGAGUUAAACAAUGGGGAGACAUUUGGCCUUGCUUCUGCUUCUGCUUCUCCUUCUCCAACAUUUUGGAGACAGUGAUGGAAGCCAAAGACUUGAACACCCUCCUCCUCUACAGUUCACACAUUUCCAGUACAAUGUCACUGUGCAUGAGAAUUCUGCAGCUAAAACCUAUGUUGGGCAUCCUGUGAAGAUGGGUAUUUACAUUACAAAUCCACUGUGGGAAUUAAGGUACAAAAUUGUCUCAGGAGACAACGAAAACCUGUUCAAAGCUGAGGAGUACAUUCUUGGAGAUUUUUGCUUUCUAAGAAUAAGGACCAAAGGAGGAAACACAGCUAUUCUUAACAGAGAAGUGAAAGACCAUUACACAUUGAUAGUCAAAGCAGUUGAAAAAAAUACUAAUGUUGAAGCACGAACAAAGGUCAGGGUUCAAGUGCUGGAUACAAAUGACUUGAGACCAUUGUUCUCACCCACCUCAUAUAGUGUUUCCCUACCUGAAAAUACAGCUAUAAGGACCAGUAUUGCACGAGUCAGUGCCACAGAUGCAGACAUAGGAACCAAUGGAGAAUUUUAUUACAGUUUUAAAGACCGAACUGACAUGUUUGCUAUUCAUCCAACCAGUGGCACCGUAGUUUUAACUGGUAGACUUGAUUACGUAGAGACUCAGCUCUAUGAGCUGGAGAUCCUUGCUGUGGACCGUGGAAUGAAGUUGUAUGGUAGCAGUGGUAUCAGCAGCAUGGCCAAGCUAACAGUUCAUGUGGAACAGGCCAACGAAUGUGCUCCUGUGAUAACAGCGGUGACAUUGUCACCAUCAGAACUGGACAAGGACCCGACAUAUGCAAUUGUAACUGUGGAUGACUGCGAUCAGGGUGCCAAUGGGGAAAUUGCUUCUUUAAGCAUUGUGGCAGGUGACUUCCUUCAACAGUUUASAACAGUGAGAUCCUCUCCAGGAAGUAAAGAGUAUAAAAUCAAAGCUGUUAAUGGCAUUGAUUGGGACAGUCAUCCUUCUGGCUACAAUCUGACUCUACAGGCUAAAGAUAAGGGAACUCCUCCCCAGUUCUCUUCCGUAAAAGUAAUUCAUGUGACUUCUCCACACUUUAAAGCUGGGCCAGUCAGGUUUGAAAAGGAUAUUUACAGAGCAGAAAUAAGUGAAUUUGCUCCUCCCAAUACACCUGUGGUCAUGGUAAAAGCCGUUCCUAGUUAUCCCCAUUUGAGGUAUGUUUUUAAAAGUACACCUGGAAAAGCUAAAUUCAGUUUAAAUCACAACACUGGUCUCAUUUCCAUUUUGGAACCAAUUAAAAGACAGCAGACAUCCCAUUUUGAACUUGAAGUAACAACAAGUGACAGAAAAGCCUCCACAAAAGUCUUGGUUAAAGUCUUAGGUACAAACAGCAAUCCCCCUGAAUUUACCCAGACAGCGUACAAAGCAUCCUUUGAUGAGAACGCACCCAUUGGUACUACUGUCAUGAGGGUGAGCGCCAUAGACCCUGAUGAGGGUGAGAAUGGAUACGUGACUUACAGUAUUGCAAAUCUCAAUCAUGUGCCAUUUGUGAUUGAUCAUUUCACGGGUGCCGUGAGUACUUCAGAAAACCUGGACUACGAACUGAUGCCUCGGGUUUAUACCUUAAGAAUUCGAGCAUCAGACUGGGGCUUGCCAUACCGUCGGGAAGUUGAAGUCCUUGCCACGAUCACCCUCAACAACUUGAAUGACAACACACCUUUGUUUGAGAAAAUAAAUUGUGAAGGAACAAUUCCCAGAGAUCUAGGUGUGGGGGAGCAAAUAACUACCGUGUCUGCUAUCGAUGCCGAUGAACUUCAGUUGGUACGGUAUCAGAUUGAAGCUGGGAAUGAACUAGAUUUGUUUGGCUUAAACCCCAACUCUGGGGUAUUGUCUUUAAAGCAGUCACUCAUGGAUGGUUUAGGUGCAAAGGUAUCUUUUCACAGUUUGAGAAUUACGGCURCAGAUGGAGAAAAUUUUGCCACCCCAUUAUAUAUCAACAUAACUGUGGCUGCCAGUCGCAAGCCAGUAAACUUGCAGUGUGAAGAGACUGGUGUUGCCAAAAUGCUGGCAGAGAAACUCCUGCAGGCAAAUAAGUUGCAYGGUCAGGGGGAGGUCGAGGAUAUUUUCUUUGAUUCUCACUCCGUCAAUGCUCAUGUCCCACAGUUUAGGAGUACUCUUCCGGCUGGUAUUGAGGUAAAGGAAAACCAUCCUGUGGGUUCCAGCAUAAUUUUCAUGAAUGCUACUGACCUUGACUCUGGCUUCAAUGGAAAAUUGGUAUAUGCUAUUUCUGGAGGAAAUGAGGAUAGUUGCUUCAUCAUUGACAUGGAAACAGGAAUGCUGAAAAUCUUAUCUCCACUUGAUCGUGAAACCACAGACAGAUACACAUUGAAUAUUACUGUUUUUGACCUUGGUAUACCACAGAAGGCAGCUUGGCGUCUUCUGGAUAUCAUUGUUCUGGAUGCCAAUGAUAAUCCACCUGAAUUUUUACAGGAGAGCUAUUUUGUUGAAGUGAGUGAAGACAAAGAGAUAAAUAGUGAAAUCAUCCAGGUUGAAGCUACUGAUAAAGAUCUAGGCCCCAAUGGACAUGUGACGUACUCUAUUCUUACAGAUACUGAUAAGUUUUCAAUUGACAGCACAACUGGUGUGGUUAAAAUUAUGCACCCUUUGGAUCGUGAACUACAGCAUGUGCAUUACUUAAAGAUUGAAGCCAGGGAUCAAGCCAAAGAAGAGCCCCAGUUGUUUUCCACUGUGCUUUUGAAAGUCUCACUAGAAGAUGUUAAUGACAACCCACCUAAGUUCAUUCCACCUAAUUACCGUGUGAAAGUUCGAGAGGAUCUGCCAGAAGGAACGAUAAUCAUGUGGUUAGAAGCCUACGAUCCUGACUUAGGUCAAUCUAGUCAAGUAAGAUAYAGUCUUAUGGACCAUGGAGAAGGGCACUUUGAUGUGGAUAAACUCAGUGGAGCAGUUAGAAUUGUGCAACAGUUGGACUUUGAGAAGAAGCAAGUGUACAAUCUCACGGUGAGGGCCAAAGACAAAGGAAAGCCAGUUUCUCUGUCUUCCACUUGCUAUGUGGAAAUUGAGGUAAUUGAUGUGAAUGAGAACUUACAUCCUCCAGUGUUUUCCAGCUUUGUGGAAAAGGGUGCAGUGAAAGAAGAUGUCCCUAUUGGUUCAUCAGUAAUGACAGUGUCAGCUCACGAUGAGGACACAGGAAGAGAUGGGGAGAUCCGAUAUUCCAUUAGAGACGGUUCUGGUGUUGGUGUUUUCAAGAUAGAUGAAGAAACAGGUGUCAUAGAGACUUCAGAUCGACUGGACCGUGAAUCGACCUCCCAUUACUGGCUAACAGUCUAUGCAACUGAUCAGGGUGUAGUGCCUCUUUCAUCAUUUAUAGAGAUCUACAUAGAGGUUGAGGAUGUCAACGAUAAUGCACCACAGACAUCAGAGCCUGUCUAUUAUCCAGAGAUAAUGGAAAAUUCUCCCAAGGAUAUACCCGUGGUCCAAAUUGAGGCAUUUGAUCCAGAUUCUAGCUCUGAUGACAAGCUCACAUACAAAAUUACAAGUGGAAAUCCACAAGGAUUCUUUUCAAUACAUCCUAAAACAGGCCUWAUCACAACAACAUCAAGAAAACUAGACCGAGAACAGCAGAAUGAACACAUAUUAGAAGUUACUGUGACCGACAAUGGUACUCCCCCCAGAUCAACCAUUGCAAGAGUAAUUGUGAAAAUCCUUGAUGAAAAUGACAACAAACCUCAGUUCCUGCAGAAGUUCUACAAGAUCAGACUCCCAGAGCGGGAAAAGCCAGAAAGAAACUCCAAACGAGAGCCUCUGUAUCGCGUUGUAGCUACAGACAAAGAUGAAGGUCCCAACGCAGAAAUCUCCUAUAGCAUCGAGGAUGGAAAUGAUAAUGGCAAAUUUUUUAUUGAGCCAAAAACUGGAGUGGUUUCAUCCAAAAAGUUCUCUGCAGCUGGAGAAUAUGACAUUCUUUCAAUUAAGGCAGUUGAUAAUGGUCGCCCUCAAAAGUCAUCAACCACUAGACUUCAUAUUGAAUGGAUCUCCAAACCCAAACCAUCUCUGGAGCCAAUUUCAUUUGAAGAAUCAUUUUUUACCUUUACUGUAAUGGAAAGUGAUCCUGUUGCUCAUAUGAUUGGAGUAAUAUCUGUUGAGCCUGCUGGCACACCCCUUUGGUUUGAUAUAAUUGGUGGCAACUAUGAUAGUCACUUUGAUGUGGACAAGGGGACUGGAACCAUCAUUGUUGCCAAACCUCUUGAUGCAGAACAAAAAUCAAACUAUAACCUGACAGUUGAGGCUACAGAUGGAACGACCACUAUCCUUACUCAGGUAUUCAUCAAAGUAAUAGAUACAAAUGACCAUCGUCCCCAGUUUUCUACAUCAAAAUAUGAAGUUGUUAUUCCUGAAGAUACAGUGCCAGAAACAGAAAUUUUGCAAAUCAGUGCUAUGGAUAAGGAUGAGAAAAAUAAACUAAUCUAUACUCUGCAGAGUAGUAUAGACCCAUUGAGUCUCAAGAAAUUUCGUCUUGAUCCUGCAACUGGCUCUCUCUGUACAUCUGAAAAACUAGAUCAUGAAGCCAUUCACCAGCAUGUUCUUACAGUCAUGGUACGGGAUCAGGAUGUUCCUGUAAAACGCAACUUUGCAAGGAUUGUCAUUAAUGUCAGUGACACAAAUGACCAUGCCCCGUGGUUCACCAGUUCCUCCUAUGAAGGGCGGGUUUAUGAGUCGGCAGCUGUGGGCUCAGUCGUUUUGCAGGUUACAGCUCUGGACAAAGACAAAGGGAAAAAUGCUGAAGUGCUAUACUCAAUUGAAUCAGGAAAUAUUGGAAAUUCUUUUAUGAUUGAUCCCAUCUUGGGCUCUAUAAAAACUGCCAAAGAAUUAGAUCGAAGUAACCAAGUGGAAUAUGAUUUAAUGGUGAAAGCUACAGAUAAAGGCAGUCCACCAAUGAGUGAAAUGACUUCUGUGCAUAUCUUUGUCACGAUUGCUGACAAUGCUGCCCCUAAGUUUACAUCAAAAGAAUACUCUGUUGAAAUUAGUGAAAUUACYAGCAUUGGGAGUUUUGUUGGACUAGUUACAGCCCAUAGUCAGUCAUCAGUGAUAUAUGAAAUAAAAGAUGGAAAUAUAGGUGAUGCUUUUGAUAUUAAUCCACAUUCUGGAAGUAUCAUCACUCAGAAAGCCCUGGAUUUUGAAACUUUGCCCAUUUAUACGUUGACAGUCCAGGGAACCAACAUGGCUGGUUUGUCCACUAAUACAACUGUUUUAGUGCAUCUACUAGACGAGAAUGACAACUCGCCAGUUUUUAUGCAGACAGAAUACUCAGGACUUAUCAGUGAAUCAGCUUCCCUCAACAGUGUAGUCCUGACAGACACGAAUAUCCCACUAGUGAUCCGAGCAACUGAUGCUGAUAAAGAAUCAAAUUCCUUGCUUGUUUAUCACAUUGUUGAGCCAUCUGUGCACAAAUAUUUUGCUGUUGAUUCUAGCACUGGUGCUAUUCAUACAGUACAAAGUCUGGACUAUGAAGAAACAAGUGUUUUUCACUUUACAGUACAAGUGCAUGACAUGGGGACACCACGUUUAUUUGCUGAAUAUGCAGCUAAUGUCACCAUACACGUAAUUGACAUUAAUGACUGCCCUCCUGUUUUCUCCAAAUCAUUGUAUGAAGCAUCUCUUCUGUUGCCCACAUACAAAGGAGUAAAAGUCACCACAGUAAAUGCUACCGAUGCUGAUUCCAGUACAUUCUCACAGUUAAUAUACUCCAUCACCGAAGGCAAUAUUGGGGACAAGUUUUUGAUGGACUACAAGACUGGAACURUAACUGUACAAAACACAACUCAGUUAAGAAGCCGCUAUGAGUUAACCAUUCGAGCUUCUGAUGGCAGAUUUGCCAGCUUUACCUCUGUGAAAAUUAACGUGAGAGAAAGCAAGGAAAGUCAGCUCAAGUUCACCCAAGACUUCUACUCUGCCGCCGUGAAAGAGAACUCCACGGAAGCCAAAACAUUAGCCGUCAUUACUGCUAUUGGGAAUCCUAUCAACGAACCUCUGUUUUAUCACAUCCUCAACCCAGACCGCAGAUUUAAGAUCAGCCGCACUUCAGGAGUGCUGUCCACCACCGGURUACCAUUUGAUCGUGAACAGCAGGAGGCAUUUGAUGUGGUUGUAGAAGUGACAGAAGAACAUAAGCCUUCAGCAGUGGCCCAUGUUGUCGUGAAAGUCACUGUAGAAGACCAAAAUGACAAUGCACCGGUGUUUGUCAACCUUCCCUAUUACGCUGUAGUUAAAGUGGAUACCGAGGUGGGCCAUGUCAUUCGCUAUGUCACUGCUGUAGACAGAGAUAGUGGCAGAAAUGGGGAAGUGCACUACUACCUUAAGGAACACCAUGACCACUUUCAAAUUGGACCCUCAGGUGAAAUUUCAUUGAAGAAGCAAUUUGAACUUGACACCUUAAAUAAAGAAUAUCUUGUCACCGUGGUUGCAAAAGAUGGGGGAAACCCAGCUUUCUCAGCCGAAGUUAUAGUCCCAAUCACUGUUAUGAAUAAAGCCAUGCCUGUGUUUGAAAAACCUUUCUACAGUGCAGAGAUUCCAGAGAAUAUCCAGAUGCACAGCCCAGUUGUCCACAUACAAGCCAACAGUCCAGAAGGCUUAAAAGUGUUCUAUAGCAUCACCGAUGGAGAUCCUUUUAGCCAGUUUACCAUUAACUUCAAUACUGGGGUUAUAAAUGUCAUAGCCCCUCUGGAUUUUGAGUCCCACCCAGCAUAUAAACUGAGCAUACGAGCAACUGAUUCUUUGACUGGUGCUCAUGCCGAAGUGUUUGUUGACAUAAUAGUGGAAGACAUCAAUGAUAACCCUCCUGUGUUUGUUCAGCAGUCUUAUGCUGCAACUCUGUCUGAGGCAUCUGUAAUUGGAACAUCUGUCGUUCAAGUUAGAGCUACAGAUUCUGACUCAGAACCAAACAGAGGAAUUUCAUACCAGAUGUUUGGAAAUCACAGCAAGAGUCAUGAUCAUUUUCACAUAGAUAGCAGCACUGGUCUCAUCUCACUAAUCAGAACUUUAGAUUAUGAACAGUUCCACCAGCACAAGAUUUUUGUAAGGGCUGUUGAUAGUGGUAUGCCCCAACUGAGCAGUGAUGUGAUUGUCAUGGUGGAUGUCACUGACCUCAAUGAUAAUCCUCCACUCUUUGACCAACAAAUUUAUGAAGCCAAAAUUAGUGAGCAUGCCACUCAUGGGCAUUUUGUGRUGUGUGUGAAGGCCUAUGAUGCAGACAGUUCUGACAUAGACAAGUUGGAAUAUUCCAUUCUGUCUGGCAAUGAUCAUAAACAUUUUGUCAUUGACAGUAAAACGGGGAUUAUCACACUCUCAAAUCUGCGCCGGCACACCUUGAAGCCAUUUUACAGUCUCAACAUUUCUGUUUCUGAUGGUGUGUUUAGAAGUUCAGCCCAGGUUCACAUAACUGUAAUUGGAGGCAAUUUGCACAGUCCUGUUUUUCUUCAGAAUGAAUAUGAAGUGGAACUUGCUGAAAAUGCUCCCUUACAUACACUGGUGAUUGAGGUUAAGGCAACUGAUAGGGAUUCUGGUAUUUACGGUCUCAUUACUUACCACAUUGUAAAUGACUUUGCCAAAGACAGAUUUUACACAAAUGAGAGAGGACAGAUAUUUACUUUGGAAAAACUUGAUCGAGAGACCCCAGCAGAGAAAGUGAUCCCAGUUCGUUUAAUGGCGAAGGAUGCUGGAGGAAAAGUUGCUUUCUGCACAAUUAAUGUUAUCCUUACAGAUGAUAAUGAUAAUGCACCCCAGUUUCGGGCAACCAAGUACGAAGUGAACAUCGGAUCCAAUGCUGCCAAAGGAACGUCGGUCAUUAAAGUUUUUGCAAGUGAUGCUGAUGAGGGAUCCAAUGCUGAUGUCACCUAUGCCAUUGAAGCAGAUUCUGAAAGUGUUAAGGAGAAUUUGGAAAUUAACAAACUGUCUGGCAUAAUUACCACAAAGGAAAGCUUAAUUGGCUUAGAAAACGAGUUCUUCACUUUCUUUGUUAGAGCUGUGGAUAAUGGGUCUCCAUCAAAAGAAUCUGUUGUUCCUGUCUAUGUUAAGAUACUUCCCCCAGAAACACAGCUUCCAAAAUUUUCAGAACCCUUUUAUACCUAUACAGUUUCAGAAGAUAUGCCUAUUGGAACAGAAAUAGAUCUCAUCCAAGCAGAGUACAGCGGCACUGUUCUUUACAGCCUAAUCAAAGGGAAUACUCCUGAGAGUAAUAGAGAUGAGUUCUUUGUGAUUGACAGGCAAAGCGGGAGACUAAAAUUGGAGAAGAGUCUAGAUCAUGAGACAACUAAGUGGUAUCAGUUUUCCAUACUUGCCAGAUGUACUCGUGAUGAUUAUGAGCUGGUGGCUUCAGUAGAUGUUAGUAUCCAAGUGAAAGAUACAAAUGAUAACAGCCCAGUAUUGGAGUCCAAUCCAUAUGAGGCAUUUGUUGUUGAAAACCUACCAGGGGGAAGCAGAGUCAUCCAGAUUAGGGCAUCUGACCUAGAUUCAGGAGCCAAUGGUCAAGUUAUAUACAGUCUCGAUCAAUCACAAAGUGUAGACAUCAUCGAAUCUUUUGCCAUUAAUAUGGAAACAGGCUGGAUUACAACUCUAAAGGCACUGGACCAUGAGGAGAAAGACAAUUAUCAGAUUCAAGUGGUUGCAUCAGAUUAUGGCGAAAARGUUCAGCUGUCCUCCACGGCCAUCGUGGACGUUACUGUCACAGAUGUCAAUGACAGUCCGCCACGAUUCACAGCAGAGAUUUAUAAAGGGACUGUGAGUGAAGACGAUCCACCAGGUGGUGUAAUUGCCAUCUUAAGUACCACAGAUGCCGACUCUGAAGAGAUUAACAGACAAGUUACAUAUUUUAUAACAGGAGGGGAUGCUUUGGGACAGUUUGCUGUUGAAAAUGUACAGAAUGAGUGGAAGGUCUAUGUGAAGAAACCUCUAGAUAGGGAAAAAAAGGACAAUUAUCUUCUGACCAUCACAGCGACUGAUGGGACCUUCUCAUCAAAGGCUAUUGUUGAAGUGAAGGUUCUUGAUGCAAAUGACAACAGUCCAGUUUGUGAAAAGACUCUUUAUUCUGACACCAUUCCUGAGGACGCUCUUCCUGGGAAAUUGAUCAUGCAGGUCUCUGCUACAGAUGCAGAUAUCCGUUCCAAUGCUGAAAUUACUUACACAUUGUUUGGUUCAGGGGCAGAAAAAUUCAAACUAAAUCCAGACACAGGUGAACUGAAAACAUUAGCCCCCCUUGAUCGGGAGGAGCAAGCAGUUUAUAAUCUGCUAGUCAAGGCCACAGAUGGAGGGGGAAGAUUCUGUCAAGCCAGWGUUGUGCUUACGUUAGAAGAUGUGAAUGAUAACGCCCCUGAAUUCACUGCUGAUCCUUAUACCAUUACUGUGUUUGAAAACACAGAGCCUGGAACACUGUUGACCAGAGUGCAAGCCACAGAUGCAGACGCAGGUUUGAAUCGAAAGAUUUCCUACUCACUAAUUGACUCUGCUGAUGGGCAGUUCUCCAUUAAUGAAUUAUCUGGAAUUAUUCAAUUAGAAAAGCCUCUGGAUAGAGAACUACAGGCAGUAUAUACCCUUACUUUGAAAGCUGUAGACCAAGGUUUGCCAAGGAGAUUGACAGCUACUGGCACUGUUGUUGUAUCAGUUUUAGAUAUAAAUGAUAACCCACCUGUGUUUGAAUACCGUGAAUAUGGUGCCACAGUGUCUGAGGACAUUCUAAUUGGAACAGAAGUUCUUCAAGUUUAUGCAGCAAGUCGGGAUAUUGAAGCAAAUGCAGAAAUCACCUACUCAAUAAUAAGUGGAAAUGAACAUGGGAAAUUCAGCAUAGAUUCUAAAACAGGAGCCAUAUUUAUCAUUGAGAAUCUGGAUUAUGAAAGCUCCCAUGAAUACUACCUGACUGUAGAAGCCACUGAUGGAGGCACACCUUCGUUGAGUGACAUGGCCACUGUGAACAUUAAUGUGACAGAUAUCAAUGACAACACGCCCGUGUUCAGCCAAGACACCUAYACCACAGUGAUCAGUGAAGAUGCUGUUCUUGAGCAGUCUGUGAUCACAGUUAUGGCUGAUGAUGCCGAUGGACCUUCCAAUAGCCACAUCCACUACUCAAUUAUAGAAGGCAAUCAGGGAAGCCCAUUUACCAUUGACCCCGUUAAGGGAGAAGUGAAAGUGACUAAACUUCUAGACCGAGAAACAAUUUCAGGUUACACACUUACGGUUCAAGCUUCUGAUAAUGGCAGUCCACCCAGGGUCAACACGACGACUGUGAACAUUGACGUGUCUAACGUCAAUGACAAUGCCCCCGUCUCACCAAACUUGCCUCCCCCACCUCCCUCAAACUCUCCUUCUGACAGCGACUCAAUACAGAAGCCUAACUGGGACUUUGACUAUGAUGCUAAAGUGGUGGAUCUUGAUCCCUGUCUUUCCAAGAAACCUCUAGAAGAAAAGCCUUCUCAGCCAUACAGUGCCCGGGAGAGCCUKUCCGAAGUGCAGUCUCUUAGCUCUUUCCAGUCUGAAUCCUGUGAUGACAAUGGGUACCACUGGGAUACAUCAGAUUGGAUGCCAAGUGUUCCUCUGCCAGAUAUACAAGAGUUCCCCAAUUAUGAGGUUAUUGAUGAGCAUACACCCCUCUACUCAGCAGAUCCAAAUGCCAUCGAUACAGACUAUUAUCCUGGAGGUUACGACAUUGAAAGUGAUUUUCCACCACCUCCGGAAGACUUCCCUGCACCUGAUGAACUACCACCAUUGCCUCCAGAAUUCAGCGAUCAGUUUGAGUCUAUACACCCACCUAGAGACAUGCCUGCUGCAGAUAGCUUGGGGUCUUCAUCCAGAAAUCGGCAGAGGUUCAACUUGAAUCAGUAUCUGCCCAAUUUCUAUCCUGUCGAUAUGUCUGAACCUCAAAAAAAAGGCACUGGUGAGAAUAGUACUUGUAGAGAACCCUAUGCCCCUUACCCUCCAGGGUAUCAAAGAAACUUUGACUCCUCCACUGUAGAAAACAUGCCCAUGUCCGUGUACGCUUCCACAGCUUCCUGCUCUGAUGUGUCAGCGUGCUGUGAARUAGAGUCUGAGGUCAUGAUGAGUGACUAUGAGAGUGGAGACGAMGGCCACUUUGAAGAGGUGACGAUUCCUCCACUGGAUUCUCAACAACACACGGAAGUCUGACACUCAAACUUCCCCCCAAAGUGCCUGACUUUACCAAACCUAGAGAUUAUAUCAAUAAUCUGCAUUGUUCUUUGCAGCAGUGCUUAAGCGCUUUUUUCGGUGAGCUACAAUGGGCAUGGCUGCACUGAAUCCUGCGCUUCCUGAUGUUAGCCAUUUCCCGUGUCCUAACCCACUGUAAUUGGACGAGAUUUCAUUGGCUGUGCCAUUUCUGAACAUCUUUUUUUGUAUUUACAUUUGUCUGUUAAAAUAAUGAAGCGAAAAUAAGUCCUACCAUCUUGUUAGCAUGGUUCAUAUAUUUAUAUAGAUUUGAUUAUUUUAAUUUUCCUUUCUCUUUUUUUGUAAAUUUUAUGUACAGAUUUGAUUUUUCAUAGUUUUAACUAGACUUUGGAGACACUCUGUGCAUUUGUUUUCAGCUGAAUUUUGGUGGUAUUAAGUGUCAUUACCUAGCACCCUGAUUCUUUACUAUAACCAGGGUUUCACUAUAUGUUCUUUUCCACUGAAGUAUGACAUUUCAUUAACACAUUUCAAUAUAGUCAUUUAUUUCUAGCUGUACAUACAGGAUGAGGGAAAAUAUGAUACAUGGACAUGUCUUAAAUGGGUUGCUGUAUUUUAGAAUUAUAAACAUUUUUCAUUAUGGAAAGUGUAAUGGGGACCUUCUGCAGACCUGUUUAGGACCAAAACCACCAUGACACAGUUUUUAUAGUGUCUGUAUAUUUGUGAUGCAAUGGUCUUGUAAAGGUUUUUACUGAAAACUACCAUUAGCCAGUCUUUCUUACUGACAAUAAAUUAUUAAUAAAAUA